AUGAACGGCCCUUCCUACGCGUCGGCCGUUUCCCUCUCCACCGACCUCAAGGGCCAGGAUGUCGUUCGAGAGACGCUCCAUGAAGCAUGGGAGGCGGUGGAUGAGAAGUUUGUGGACCCUUACAGCAAGGAAGCCUGGAGCGAAGCUCUGCAGGAGUCCCUUGCGAAGAUCUCGCAUACAGCGACAAAGGAGGAGGGAUACGACGUGAUCCAGCACAUGCUGGCAACGCUCGGUGACCGGUACACUCGUCUGCUGCCGCCGAGCCAGGCGCGGGCGUUUGAGGCGGACACGACGGGGCAGGUGGUGCACGUGGGCUUGCAGGCGCAGCGCGCAGAGACCGAGGCCGGCCCCUUCAUGCGCGUCAGCUUUGUGCUCACCGGCAGCCCCGCGCACGAGGCCGGCCUGCGCGUCGGCGACAUCCUGCACACCGUCAACGGCCUCCCUGCCGCCACCCUGGACCGCACGGACUUGACAGCGAUGCUGCACCAGAGCGUGCAUGUCGAGGUGCAGCAGAGCCGGCCGCAGGUGCCCAUGGCCAUGCGCAACCUCUACCUGACCGCUCGACCCGUUGAAGUCUACCCAGUCAUCCACAGCCUCCUGCCCAGGCAAACCCCUAUCUCCUGCUCACCGAACCUGCCUCUUGUGGAGGAUGGAGGCCUGACAGGGUAUUUGGCGAUCCAGUCCUUUGGGACAAACACCGCGCAUGACACAUCGGCUGCCAUCGCUAAGCUGCAGGCAGAGGGCGCUUCUGCCUUCAUCCUGGACUUGCGCGGCCUUGAUGUGGCCGGUCUGCUGAGACAUCAGAACGACGUCUUCUGCUACGUUGCCCACCGGGACGGCGUGUAUCACCCCAUCUUUGUGGAGUCUGAGGGGCCGGCUGCAGCGUCUCCCAUGGUGGUUCUGGUGAAUGGAGGCACUGCAUCGACGAGUGAACUACUGGCUGGGUCGCUGCAUGCGGGCGGGCGCGCGGCCACGAUCGGGGAGCACACGUUCGGCAAGGGGCGCACGCAGAAGGUGCUGCAGCUGCACGACAAGUCCACGCUGCUUGUCUCCAACUCCCUCGUCACCACUCCUGCCCUCGAGCGCAUUGACAAGGUGGGCUUGGAGCCGGACAGGCUGUGCAAGACGGGCAGCGGCCCUGCGGACGCCCUGAAGACAGAGCCACUGGAACCAGACACCCUGGCCAAGGACCUGCAGGCCGACCAGUGUGUGCGAAUGGCACUGCAAGCUCUCAGCUCAGCUUCACCACCCAGGGCUUGA